AUGGCAUCCCUCUUCACCUCUCGGACAGCCCUGACGGCGGGCUCACGAGCAGCGCUGCUCGCGCGCCGGUCCCUGCAGGCCACAGCCACAGCCACCACCACCAUCACAACCACCACAACCCCAACCGCCGCCCCCUUCGCCCGCAGCUUCCACCACACGCGCAGCCGGCAGAACCUGCCCGAGUUCAGCCUCAAGGACCGGGUGGUGAUCGUCUCCGGCGGGGCGCGGGGGGUGGGGCUGACGCAGGCGGAGGCGCUGCUGGAGGCCGGGGCGGUGGUGCACGCGCUGGACCAGCUGCCCGCGCCGGGGACGGACAGCGACUUCGCGCGCGUGGCCGGGCGCGCGGCGUCGGAGCUCGGCUCGCGCAUGCGCUACCACCGCGUCGACGUGCGCGACCAGGCGGCGCUGGGCGAGGUGGUCGGUGGGAUCGCGGCCGAGGAGGGCCGGAUCGAUGGGCUGAUUGCGGCUGCGGGCAUUCAGCAGGAGACGCCCGCGCUGGAGUAUACGGCGGAGGAUGCCGACCGUAUGUUGGGUGUUAAUGUCACGGGGGCCUUUAUGACGGCCCAGGCUGUCGCCCGCGAGAUGAUCAAGCGCAAGCAGAAGGGCAGCUUGGUGCUGAUUGGCAGCAUGAGCGGGACCGUGGCGAACAGGGGGUUGAUUUGCCCAGCGUACAACGCAUCCAAGGCGGCUGUUCUGCAGCUCGCCCGCAACCUGGCCUCGGAAUGGGGCGAGCACGGCAUCCGCGUCAACACCAUUUCCCCGGGGUACAUCGUCACCGCCAUGACCGCCUCCCUGUUCGAAGCCGUCCCCGAGCGGCGCACGGCCUGGCCCGACGCCAACAUGCUCAAGCGCCUGAGCUACCCGGAGGAGUACCGGGGCGCGGCCGUCUUCCUGCUCAGCGACGCUAGCAGCUUCAUGACCGGGGCCGACUUGAGGAUUGACGGAGGCCAUUGUGCGUGGUAG